GUUGAUGAUAAGAAUAUUAUCAUGGAGAGCAAAUGCUCACUCUCAAUUCACUCCCAUCGCUAUUGCUCUAUAGUUCUAGCCGGCAAAGUCUGACGAAAAGAAUGGCUAUAACGAGGUCUGGAUUAUUCACUCUAGAGACGUCGAAUCCGCGAUUUUUCACUUGCUGCUCAAGGCUCCAUGUGAAGGUUGCUCUAGCAUUAGUCAUAGCUUUCAUGGCUUUUAUCGAGCUUACGGAAUGGUAUUUUUACAUUUUCGUUGACCGAGUGGGAGAGACUGCAGACGCAGGACAAGCAAUAAUUUCGGUUUGGCAGCUUGUAUCGAUCAUUUGUAUGAUACUUGCAUUCAUCACGGAAAAAGAAGAUUUAUUGAUUCCAUAUAUACUUUUUAUGAUAUUUGUGGUAACGAGCUUUUCCUUUUGGGCAAUGCAAAUUCUGGUGAUCGCAGUGUUUCCCUACUCAGAAAGAGCCCAACACCUUUUGGGAUUCCGCGAUGAGAUGGGUUUUGUUAUGAGAGAGAAAAUUACACUAACAGUUCUAUCUGUUUUCACUACAAUCACAACAAUCACUGGAUGGUUUCUUCAUGUGGGACUUUCCUGCUAUGUUUAUUUCCAGAGCAGGAAUCGUGAACUGAAAGUCAAAAAUUCUGCCAGAGUAGAUAGACCACCGAUGGUUGCACCAUUGGCACCGGAAGCUCAACCGAAAACUCGUAAUGAUAAUUUCCCCAACCCGAAUUUUUCAAUUUCCGACGAUGAGGAUGUUGAUGAGGAUGAGGAUAAAGUAUUUGAAAAGAAGGCUGGCCCGAGCAUGGUUUAAAUCAAAUUAUUGGAUUAAUUAAGCUUUGAAAUAAAUGCAUGUCAAUAAAUUGUACAUAAAACCGAUAAAAACAGUUUGGAAAUGAGAAAAAAAAAGUUUAUAU